GAGCCUUCCAGAGGGCAUGCCCCGCGCCUUCCUGGUCAGGAGUCGGCGUCCACAGCCUCCCAACUGGAGCCACCUGCCUGACCAGCUCCGGGGAGAUGCCUAUAUCCCAGACUGCAGCAGCCUGAGGAGGCCACCGGCACAACAGUCGUCCAGUGUCAGGGAUCCAUGGACAGCGCAGCCCACACAGGACAACCUGACCUCUGCUCCCAGGGGCCCAGGGACGCUGGGCUGCCCGCUCUGCCCUAAGGCCUUCCCUCUGCAGCGCAUGCUGACAAGGCACCUCAAGUGCCACAGCCCUGUGCGCCGCCACCUGUGCCGCUGUUGUGGCAAGGGCUUUCAUGACGCCUUCGAUCUCAAGCGCCACAUGAGGACUCACACUGGGAUCCGGCCCUUCCGCUGUAGUGCUUGCGGGAAAGCGUUUACGCAGCGCUGCUCCCUGGAAGCUCACCUUGCUAAGGUGCACGGGCAGCCGGCCAGCUACGCUUACCGCGAGCGUCGCGAGAAGCUGCACGUGUGCGAGGACUGCGGCUUCACCAGCUCCCGGCCGGACACUUACGCACAGCACCGCGCCCUGCACCGCGCAGCCUGAUACGGUGUGCCAGCGUCCUCCCCACGAGGCAAAUAAACACAGGAAA